AUGACUCAGUAUAACCUUUCAGCAGAGCUCUCUCUCCACAGCUCAGCAAAUAAGUCGUUAAAUUUUACUGAAACACCACUGGCUUUGGAUGAAAGGACACUGUUAGGGCUGAAGAUAUCCCUGUCAGUCCUUCUGUCUGUCAUAACUUUGGCAACGAUCCUUGCAAAUGUUUUUGUUGUUAUUACAAUUUUUUUGACUAGAAAGCUCCACACACCUGCAAAUUACCUCAUUGGCUCCUUGGCAGUGACUGAUCUUUUAGUGUCUGUUCUAGUGAUGCCCAUCAGUAUUGCUUACACCGUCACCCACACAUGGGCCUUUGGCCAAGUGUUGUGUGAUAUCUGGUUAUCGUCAGAUAUCACAUGCUGCACAGCCUCAAUCCUACAUCUCUGUGUUAUUGCACUGGACAGAUAUUGGGCUAUCACAGAUGCUUUGGAAUAUGCCAAACGCCGGACUGCUGGCCGAGCAGUGCUCAUGAUUGCUGUGGUCUGGAUGAUUUCUAUUAGCAUUUCUGUGCCACCGUUUUUCUGGAGGCAAGUGAAAGCUCAUGAAGAAAUUGCAAAAUGUACAGUGAACACAGAUCAAAUUUCCUACACGAUUUAUUCCACCUGUGGAGCUUUCUACAUCCCAACUGUGCUUCUCCUAAUCUUGUAUGGUAGAAUUUAUGUAGCAGCUCGAUCAAGGAUUCUGAAGCCACCCUCAUUAUAUGGGAAACGAUUUACUACUGCACACCUGAUUACUGGCUCUGCUGGGUCUUCCCUCUGCUCCAUUAAUGCUAGCCUUCAUGAAGGGCAUUCCCAUUCAAGUGGAUCCCCAAUAUUUAUCAAUCAUGUUAAAAUAAAACUUGCAGAUAGUAUCCUUGAAAGGAAAAGAAUUUCUGCUGCAAGAGAAAGGAAAGCCACCAAAACUUUAGGCAUUAUUCUGGGAGCUUUCAUUUUCUGCUGGCUGCCAUUUUUUGUCAUGUCUCUUGUCCUACCAAUCUGUCAGGAUGCAUGUUGGUUUCAUCCCAUCCUACUGGACUUUUUUACAUGGUUAGGUUACUUAAACUCAUUAAUCAAUCCAGUCAUUUAUACAGCUUUUAAUGAAGAAUUUAAACAGGCUUUCCAAAAACUUAUACAUUUCAAAAAGUGCUCAUCUUGAUCCUCUCCUAUUGUGUUACUGACUCUUGUGCAAUCUUGCAGCCUCCCCUGAGAUUUUCUGUGCUUUGAUUCCUAGGGUAUAGAGCGGUAACUGCCAUCUCUGCUGCCCUGUGCUGUGCAUGUAGCUGGGAACUUCUUGCCAAUUUGCUUCUUUCUGUCUGGAAUUCUGUAAAUCAUAAGAGAACUUGUCUGUGGUCUCUCCAGUGAUCGUUUGUAUAUGUAAGAUCAACUUAUGAAGUAAGGUUUGUAACAAAUGAAAGACUGAAUCAGAAAGCUGAGUUUUGUUGAUGAGAUGGCACAUACUACCAAGUCUGGCAUACCUUUGUAACCUGAUGGGAGCAAAACGUGUGCAUAUUUGCAGGACAUCAGUAUUUCUGCUGUAUAUUAUUAGCAAUUUAUGUAGGCUGAGAAAGUUUCUGGAGAACAGGAUCUGAUGCCUAUAUUUUCUAUAGCAUGUGUCCUAUCCAUUUGAAAUU